UUAGCCGGUGGACGCGUGACGUCACUCGUGCCCGUGAAGCCGUUAGAGGCUCGGAGGACAGAGAACAUGGCGGAGUUGGAGGAAUUCGUGUUGUAAUUAAUCAGAAUAAAGAAGUUUGUGUGUAUCUUUCUGUAGCUGUGAAUUAAAUGUCAGAAAAUGAAGCAGAUUAAAUCUGAAAUCAUGUGGACUGUCUUUAUCCUGGCUUCCUGCACCUCAGUGCAAGCAGCAGAGUAUGUAGAUGUGGCCAAACAUGCAAUCAAACUACACAGAGGGAGAGGAGCAGCAAUCACAAAGGGGACACAAUGGAUCAUGGGCAAUUGUAAGAAGUUGUCUGGUAUGCUUCGCCAGAAGAAUGUGGUUCUCAACAAACUGAAGAAAGCAAUUGAAGCCGUUGGAUUGGACUCGAGACUGUCAGUGGAAGAAAAGAUCUUCCAGGUACAUACCUUUGAGAUCUUCCAGAAGGAACUGAAUGAGAGUGAGAAAUCAGUCUUCCAGGCAGUCCAUGGGCUUGAAAGAGUUCUUCAGGGAGAUUACAAAGAUAUUGUGAACAUGAGAGAAAGCAGCAAGCAACGUCUGGAAGCCUUAAGAGAAGCUGCUAUAAAGGAAGAAAAAGAAUAUGUGGAGUUAGUGGCUGCAGAGAAACACCAAGCUGAGGCACUGAAAAAUAUGCAGCAUGCAAACAGAAGCUUGUCAAUACUUGAUGAAAUUCUUGAAGAUGUGCGGAAGGCUGCUGACCGUUUGGAGGAGGAGAUUGAUGACCAUGUGUUCGACAGCAACAAAUUGGUCCGUGGUGGAAAUGUUGAAGCAGUUAUCAGAGUCGAAGAGGAUGAGGAAGGCCAUAAGCGAAACUUUUCUGUGCAUGAAGUAGAAGGUGGUUUGGGGCUGAGCAUGCUCAUUGACUCUCAGAACAACCAGUAUAUACUGACCAAACCUAGGGACUCAACCAUCCCUCGAGCCGAUAUUCAUUUUAUAAAGGAUAUAAUUUUUAUCGUGUUGGUAUCUCUGCCUUGUGGCUGGAUUUGUACUUUAAUGGGGCUUCCCACGAUGUUUGGUUAUAUCGUUUGUGGAGUCCUCUUAGGUCCUUCAGGACUAAACCGCAUCAAGUCUAUUGUGCAAGUGGAAACACUUGGUGAGUUCGGUGUGUUCUUCACUCUGUUUGUCGUUGGUCUGGAGUUUUCUCCCGAUAGACUCAGAAAGGUCUGGAAGAUUUCUUUGCAAGGAACCAGUUAUAUGACAUUCCUGAUGGUUGUAUUUGGAUUACUUUGGGGACAUCUGUUAAAUAUCAGGCCAACACAAUGUAUCUUUAUUUCUACAUGUUUGUCUCUAUCAAGUACUCCUUUAGUAUCCAGAUUCCUUGCUCUCGGUGCUAGAGGAGAAAAAGAAGGGGAUGCAGAUUAUAGCAGCGUGCUGCUUGGAAUGCUGGUGAUGCAGGAUGUUCAGCUGAGCUUAUUCAUUGCUGUGAUGCCCACUCUAACCCAGGCAGGCAGUAGCACUUCUAACAGUAUAAUUUUAGAAAUACUGCGGAUUUUCGCUCUUAUUGGUCAAAUUCUGUUUUCGUUGGCUGCAAUUCUUCUGAUGUCUCUAGUGGUAAAGACUUACCUCAUUGGACCAUUUUACAGAAAACUACACACAGAGGGUAAAGGAAAUAGAGAGAAACUUGUCCUAGGAAUUUCAGCAUUUAUCUUUCUUAUGUUAAUGGCUACUGAAGUGCUAGAUGUCUCCAUGGAGCUGGGUUGUUUCUUGGCUGGGGCAUUAAUUUCAUCACAAGGUCACGUUGCUACAGAGGAAGUUAUGUUGUGCAUGGAACCCAUUCGGGAUUUUCUGGCCAUCAUUUUCUUUGCUUCUAUUGGUCUUCAUGUCUUCCCAACAUUUGUGCUUUAUGAACUGACUGUCCUAAUGUGCCUUACACUGGCCGUGGUGGUGUUUAAGUUUAUCUUAGCAGUACUUGUCCUCUCACUGAUCCUACCAAGAAACAACAAAUACAUCAGGUGGAUAGUUUCUGCUGGUUUAGCGCAAGUCAGUGAGUUUUCCUUUGUUCUGAGUAGCCGGGCUCGUAAGUCAGGCAUCGUCUCUCGAGAGGUGUACCUCCUCAUCCUUAGUGUAACUACCUUAAGCCUUUUACUUGCCCCGGCAUUGUGGAGAGCAGCAAUUUUGAAAUGUGUACCUAAACCGGACAAGCGAUUAAGCACGUGACAGAGGAUGGACAAGGUGGUUUUCCAGUCGCUUUGUUUGUUAAAUUUCAGAGGCCAAUGCAGAUUUAAAUCCUGUUGCCAAUUCCUUAAAGGAUCACCCUUUCAAUAAGCCACAAUAACUGUGCACAAUUCAGUUUUCCCUACUUCUUCCCAAUAGCCUAGCUUAAUUUUAUUUUUAUUUUUAUUCCACCAUGCCUUUGACUGACAACUGGAUUCUGAAGGGAAUUGGUCACUUCUGUUUGAACUCAUUACUAAAACACUUUAUCGGUAUUGCUUUAAAUAUAUUUUUUUCUUUAUUUUAUGGGACCUGGGCAUUACUGGCAAUGGCAGCAUUUCUGGCAUUCAAAUGAAGAAACAUGCUUCUCGGAGUAAUAUGAGCCUCAAGUGCAUUGAACAUCUUCAAGAUGCAUAUUUUCUUGAUUAGCAAUGAAGGGAUGAAAUAAGAUUUAGUUUUUCUAAGCUUGUGAUGAUUUUUAAGUAUUGGUGAUGUUUCCAUUGGGAGGUGGCAGUGCUCUGUGCCUCAAAUCAGCCAAUCAGAUUGGCUUUCACAUUGAUGAGCCACACAGUAGAUUUCUGAACAACGGAAUGACCUAGCAUUUUUUUGAGAAGACUUAUUUUGAAUGCUGCAGAGUUUUCGGUAGUAUUCUGGCAUAAAGCGAUGAAUGUCACAGUAAAUACUGCUCAGCUGCACUGACUCGUGGUCAACCAACUUCUUGAUUUUAAAAUUUCCACCCCCUUGUUAUUAAAUCCAUGGCCUCACCCUUCCCUAUCUCUGUAACCUCCUUUAGCCCCACAACUCUCAGAUACCUGCACUCAUAUAAUUCUGGUCAUGAGCAUCCGUGAUUUUAAUUGCUCCCCCAUUGCUGGCUGUGCCUUUAGUUGCCUGGGCCCUAAGCUCUAAAAUUCCCUCUUUAAACUUCUCUGACUUUCCAUCUCGCUUUCUUACUUUAAGACACUCCUUACAAUCUACCUCUUUGACAAGCUUUUGGCCUAAUAUCUCCUCACGUAACACAGUGUGACAUCUUGUUUUAUAAUGCUCUUGUGCAGCUCCUUGGGACAUUUUAUUGUUAGAGGUACUAUAUAAAUAUAAGCUGUUGCUAGUGCAAAUCCUUUCCCAGUUUCAUACCUGUCUGAUUCUCUGAAGUUACUUCCUCCAGUUGCUAAAUGAAAGGAAAUGUAUUUAAGAGAGGUGAUAAUGACAUGGUGACAGCAUGUAUUAACAUAUUUCCCAUUGUGGCUUUCUUAAUGCUGGAUGGUAAUCACAUCCAUAUAGUAAAGGCAAAAAUUAAUUUAAAGUUACCAGGACAGGCACUGUAAAAUCCCUAGUCCUGAACUUAUAACAUCUGCUUUAUGCACUCUGCUGUAGGACUCUGACUUUUGGCCCUAAUUCUGAUGUAUCUGUGUUUAAGAAGAAGAAGAGGAGAAUUGGGAAAAUAACAGGCCAGAUAGGGAUCAGCCGCUAAGCUUCAUCCCCCCAACCCCCUGUCCCCGCACCUACCCAAUUCUAGAAUAAGCAGAUUAGCUGAUUCUACCUCGGGUUGUGUCAGGAGCACUGUCUUCUGAGACUGUUGCACUCAAGGGAAACCAUUAAUUGAGUUAAGCCUGUGCUACAGUCCAGUCCAGCAAUACUUCAGUUUUAAAAGUCUUGUUCUUGCGUUCAAAUCCCUCCAUGGCCUUGCCCCUCCCUAUCUAUAACCUCAAAAAGACCUACAACACUGAGAUUUUUGCACUUCCUCUAAUUGUGGCCUCUUGCACAUUUCCAUUUAUCUUUGCCACCCUCUUCCAUUUAUCUUUGCCAUUCUCUUGACAGCCGUGUCUUCAGCUGCCUUGACCCUAAUCUCUGAAACCACCCCCCCAUAAACCCCUAUUUUUUACCUCUCUCUCCUUUGUCAUUCCUUAAAACAUAUCUCUCAGACUAAGCUUUUGAUCACUUGUCCUUUGUAUCUGUUUGAGGUCUAACAUCAAACUUCGUCCACUGGAGCUCCUAUUGCAACCACUUGGGGUGUUUUACGAUGUUAAAAGCGUUGUGUAAGUUCAUGCUGUUAAUUAGGUUAUGGCUGAUCAUUACCUUAACUCCACUGACAUGUAAUUGAUGCAGGCAAAUUGACACUGUUAAUCUCUUUACAACUUUCUAUCCCAUCUAUACUACUUAUUGUCUGUACAUAACUUAGUCUCUUCAGAAAAUUUGGAUGUAUGGCUCUCUAUUACUUCAUCAGUCAUUUAUACCUAUUGUAAAAAGCUGAGGUACCAGGACAGGUUCCUGAGGGGACACUUCUCAUCAUAUCUUGCCAAUUGACAUACAUAACCUAUUCCUAACCCAAACAAUGGAAACUUUUUUUGAGGGUCCCAUGUAUGAAAGGCUGUGCAUGAAGGAAUCCAUCUUGUAAAGUGUAUUUGGCUUUAACUUCUUGUGGUGCAAUUAUCAUAUGGGGUCAGGGAAUGUGAUUGACUGUUCUGGAGAUGCCACAUCCUACUUGAUCAUCGCCAUUCACCAUACCUAGGCAUCUACCUUGAACUGUCGUCUUUACCUGAUCAUCCCAUCCACCAUACCUGGGCACCUACCUUUCUCUUCCAAGUGUGCUCCUUAUUGGGACCAGCGAAACGUCUACUGAUUCCUUAAGAAAUGUAGAGAGCUGCACCCUGCUGGAAAUCACUUGGACACUAAUGAUUCUUAACCUUGAGCCUUGUAGACUAGUGUUUGUUGUUCCAGCAGUUUCAUAGUAUAUUUUAGCGGAUGCAUAGGUUUGUUCCUUAGGAUCUUUUGAGACAGGAUAAAGAGUAGCUGCAUAUUCAGUGAGCCACCACAGAGUGCUCAAUCACAGUCAGUUGUACUAAAAGACAGUGUUGCUAUGGCAUUGUUAACCGGAUUCUCUCACUCUGAAGGUCACACUUCUCACCAUUUAAAAUGCAGCUCAGAACAUACAUUGAAGGAACAUUUACUUGAUUUUUACAUCUGUUUUGGUCAUUCUGUCCUGGCUGAGUGAUUCCACUACUGUUGUUGUCAGGACUUGAGUCCUUGUGUACCUUGUGGUUAAAAACCAAUGUUUGCUUUGUUAUUUCUCGUCCUGGAAAUAUCUCUCCAACUCCUUCAAGACAACAUGGCAGCAAUGUUCUAGGCUUAUUUUUGGGCAUGAGAGGAAGGUGGGAAAGGUGUUCACUGGAGCCAGAUAUUGUUGCCCUACUGGUCAGUCAGGACCUGUUACACUUUCUCCUGGUUUGUGCCAAAACCCUGAAUCAUUCAGUUAGCACCUCUGGGUUGAGAUUGGUGACAAGCUUAUUUUUUGUCGUGUGAAAGCUAAAGCUCCAUCCUUUAGUUUGUUAAAUACACAGGAGCAGCAUCACAGCCCUACUCCCAGCAAAUUGUAAUGUUUCCAUUACACUUUCUUUUUCAAUCCAAAAUUGAUAUUCUUUAGCUGGAACGUGCUACCUUAGAAUGUGAUGGAGGCAAAUUCAAUCAUGGCUUUCAAAAGAGAAUUGGAUCAUCAUCUGAAGAGAAAACAUUUUCAGGGCUACAGAGAAAAGGCACGAGGUCAGUUGCUCUUGCAGAGAGCUAGUACAGACUCAAUGGGCUGAAUGAUCUCUGCUGUAAUUAUUCCAUGAUUCAGCACAGAAUUAGUAAGUUCUGAGCUAUCUCAUUUAUAACUGCCCGUUCUUAAUACUUCACUAGAAUUCGAGUUACUUACCAGAGAUUUCCUUGGUUCUCUUGAUAGGUUGCCAAAACUUUGGCAGCAAUCCUGGCCAUAUGGUGUAAAUGGGUUAUCUAUUGAGGUUAUGGCAGACAAUUGGCAGAACUCUGAGGAGGUUCUAAGCUGUGAUGGUUUACAUUUUCAUUGUGAAUAUAUAUAAAGUUGUAUAACCUGCUCUCUCUACCAGUUUAGAGCAUUGUGGAACUUAUGUGAAUAUGGAAAUGUGACAAAGCCUUUAACUUCAGUUUUAUGCUCCUUGAGACACCUCUGCUUCAGUCAUUUUUUCCUGAUGUUGGCUAUCAUUGCGAUUUGUAUUUAAGUUAAUGAAUUAAACUGAAGGUUUCCAACAUA